AAAGCUGACCAUAGACAAGUCUGCUCCCCUUUCUCUCUCUAACCACAACUUUCCCUUUCUCACUCCUCAUUCUCUUUUCAACCGUUUGAAUCUAAAACUAAAACCCGCUGUCUUAAUAUUCUUCUUCUCUAAGCUUCAACACUUUGUUACGGUUUUUUUUUUAUUAUUAACUUUUGCUAUCCCAAUUGCACUAUUUAGAUCUCGGAGAACUCUCUGCUCGUGGUGUCUGCGGGAGGAUUUAAUUGAAGUGAAUAGUUCGAGAAUAUGGCCGGCCGUUAUGAUCGGAACCCUUUUGACGAAGAAGACGAAGUUAAUCCUUUUGCUGAUGGAGGGGGUAGAGGAAAAGCAUCUGGACAAUCAAAGUUCGGUGGAGGUCCGUUUUACACAACAGCUACUGGAAGUGUUCCCCCUGUUACAAACUCAAGGCUUUCACCCCUUCCUCCAGAGCCUGCUGAUUUCUAUAACCCUACAGCACCAGUUGACAUUCCUCUAGAUAGUGCUGCAGAUUUAAAACAGAAAGAGCGGGAGCUGCAGGCUAAGGAAGCUGAAUUGAAAAGGAGGGAGCAGGACGUAAGGCGGAAAGAAGAAGCUGCUGCACGAGCUGGUAUUGUUCUGGAGGAGAAAAACUGGCCUCCCUUUUUCCCGAUUAUUCAUCACGAUAUUGCGAAUGAAAUACCAAUUCACCUGCAGAAGCUACAAUAUGUUGCAUUUACAACAUUGUUGGGACUCGUUAUUGCUCUUCUAUGGAAUGUUAUAGCUGUGACUACUGCGUGGAUUAAACAUGGAGAUGCAAAGAUUUGGUUUCUUGCUAUUAUAUACUUCAUAUCAGGGGUUCCAGGAGCCUAUGUGUUAUGGUACCGUCCACUGUACCGUGCUUUCAGGAAUGAAAGUGCCCUGAAGUUUGGCUGGUUUUUCCUGUUUUACUUGCUCCACAUAGGCUUCUGUAUCUUUGCUGCUGUUGCACCUCCUGUAGUAUUCAGAGGAAAAUCCUUGACAGGUAUCCUGCCAGCCGUGGAUCUCAUAGGCGACCAUGUAUUGGUUGGGGUUUUCUACUUCAUCGGCUUUGGACUCUUCUGCCUUGAGUCGGUUCUGAGCAUUUGGGUCAUACAGCAAGUAUACAUGUACUUCCGAGGCACCGGAAAAGCUGCAGAGAUGAAGCGCGAGGCUGCUAGGGGAGCCCUGAGAGCAGCAUUUUAAUAAGACAGCAAGGACCAGAAGAAAUUACUCGCAGACAUGAGAUACCCAUUCCGCACAUCACAGAGGUGCCAGAUUGAUGAUUUGGUUAAGCACAUAUAAAGCGUAUUUCAUGUAUUGAGUGUUCAUUUUUUGAAUUGAUCAUAUUUACAGUUCUUUUUUUUUUUUCUCCCUUGAGGAGGGACUUGUGGGAAGAACUAGAAAGGAGAUAGGGAAGUUAGACCUGCUGUAAUCUGGAGCCGUAUAGAUUUUUUUGUUAUGUCUGUAAAUUCAUUGUUAGAACUUGUUCCCCUGAA